AUGGUAGGUAAUGUGAAAAGUCUGGUCGACCGAUUGUCCAAGGACUUUUCUGCAAGCAGACCACCUCUUGCUGUUCAUGACUCAAGAAAACCUGUUGUCUCGAAGCCGUCCCAGCCCCCACAACAUGUCAUAACAGCAUUCGCUUACUCAGCAGUGCAGGAUGAUGAAUUAACACUAGAACUGGGGGAUGUGAUUGAGGUACUGGAGGAAGUCGAGGAUGGUUGGAGUCGUGGUCGUCAGUUGCGUACUAACCUUAUUGGCAUGUUCCCUACUAACUUUGUAAAACCUGAUGUUCCUCCAUCGAGCACACCUGUUCGAGAAGACGAUAAAGUGGUGGUCAGGCGCCCUGCGGAUCCUGAUCAACCCGAAGCGAAUCGAAGAACCCCCUCAGCUGUUGGGGGCGUCAACAUUUUUGGAGCGAAAACCGUUCAUUCUGAACCAAAGGAUGAAGUUAAGACCAAAGAAAUGGCACGGGUAAAAUUUGAGUACGAACCUCAGCACAGUGACGAACUGAAGUUAGCAGAGGUUGGUCAACUAGUGACUAUCAUUCGGAAGGAUUGCGGUGAUGCGGGUUGGUUUGAGGGGGAAAUCAAUGGACGACGUGGUCUGUUCCCGGAUAACUUCGUUGAGCUUGUCCAGGUUCCCAUGAAUACUCAAUCUGGAACUAUUUAUCAUCCACCUCCUACACACCAUUCUAAGAUUAUCACGAAAACUCCAAUGAUGAAUCCUCCUGGAAUGGUCCCACCAGCAGUACCAGCAAAACCGUUGAAACAGAAGUUAUCAGAGAGUUCAACGUCUUUGAAUGGCGCUGGUGCUUCUCCUCCUUCCUCUACUACCAACGUACCCUGCUCACCACCAGUGUUACCAUCUCAAGUAAAGCAACAAAAUUCUGCCUUCGCAGCAGCUCGAAAUCGUAUAUCUAAGGAUCUAGUUGUUGGGCAGCCCGGUCAGGUAUCGUCGAAGUUGACGAAGUCUGUGAUAGUCAGUUCCGGCUCUGAGAGUGUAGCGACUAGCAGACCGAUGAGUAGCGUGGAAACUGAUGAGGCCUCUGAUGAAGUAAUUAGACCUCUGAGUCAUGUAACGAAGACUCGAGCCCGUCCUCCAGGAAAGCGACCUGCAAGUAUGCUACUGAUAAAGAAGAAAGGGUCUAUGGAUAAUCUUCUUGAAAGCCCAUCAAAACCGAUGGCAAGUGAACUACCGGAAAAGAGCCCCUUCAGUAACGCCAUCGGAGCGCCACUACCGUCACCAGUUUCUGCUUUCUCCACCAUAAAUCGCGAAGUACAUGCGGUUUCUCCCGCUCCAAUUACCCCUCCGGUAAAGGUGGUACCUCUCCGACCUCCUGCUCCUGCAGAGCAUAAACUGGAGGAGAAGAAAGAGCACAUCCCUGUUAUCAAACCGUCAGUGCCUCCUCCAGCCGUCACCCAUUUUCCAACUACGUUCCCAACUUCUUCUAGCGUUGAUUCGGAAUGGGUUUCCAGGAAGGAAUAUAAUGAGUUGUUGGCUCGUCUCGCGAGUAUGGAAGCUCGCAUUGCUCAACUUGAGAAACGGUGA